AUUAAUAUAUAUGCAAGAGCCAAAAUGCUUCCUCGGUUUCAUAUUCUUUUCCACUUCACUUCAUGCAUAACAAAGCAUAAAGCCCAAAACAACACAAUCCUUUGGUCUUCUUGCACACUGCAUGAAGGUAAGUUAAGUGCUUGUUCCCUCUUAAAGCUUUGCUACCUUGGCAUCAUAUUUGUCUUUGUGGUAGCUUCUUGUGGCUCCUUCUAUGGGGUAUCUCAUUUUGCUUCUAUUUGUUUCUACCUUGUUGCAUGCUGCUUCUGCCUUGAACUCUGAAGGGUUGGCUUUGUUGUCCCUCUUGAGAAACUGGACUGUUGUGUCUGUUGACAUAAACUCCACGUGGAACCCUUCUGAUUCCACUCCAUGCUUGUGGGGAGGAGUGCAGUGUGAUCAUGCCAAUAAUGUGGUUUCUCUAAACCUCACUAGUUGUUCAAUUUUUGGUCAAUUAGGACCUGAUAUUGGACACUUGAUUCACUUGCAAACCAUAGUUUUAUCAGAAAAUGAUCUGUUUGGAAAAAUCCCCCCAGAAUUAAACAACUGUACCAUGCUUGAGUACUUGAACCUUUCUCUAAACAACUUUAGUGGAGGAAUACCUGAGAGCUUCAAAAACUUGCAAAAUUUGAAGCUUGUGGACCUUUCAUCUAAUCUGCUGAAUGGUGAAAUUCCUGAAUCCUUGUUUGAAAUUCCUCACUUGGAAGAAGUGUAUCUUAACAAUAACAGUUUAAGUGGUUCCAUUCCCACAAGUAUUGGGAAUAUCACUCAGCUUGUCACACUGGAUGUUAAUAGUAAUCAGCUGUCAGGGACAAUUCCCAUGUCCAUUGGAAAUUGUAGUAAAUUAGAGUUUCUGUAUUUGGAAAGGAAUCAAUUACAUGGAAUUAUUCCUGAGAGUCUAAAUAAUCUCAAAAAUCUUCAAGAGUUAUAUCUCGAUUAUAAUAAUCUUGAAGGUACUAUUCAACUGGGAUCUGGAAAUUGCAAAAUGUUAUCUUAUUUGAGUCUUUCUUACAAUUACUUCAGUGGGGGUAUACCAUCAAGCUUAGGGAAUUGUAGUGGUCUAAUAGAGUUUUAUGCUGCAGGGAAUAAAUUAGUUGGCAGUGUACCAUCAACCUUAGGCCUCUUGCACAAGCUUUCUCUUCUAAUAAUUCCAGAGAACCUAUUUUCAGGGAAAAUACCCCCACAGAUUGGUAAUUGCAAAUCACUGGAAGAGUUGCAUUUGAAUACUAAUGAACUCGAGGGAGAAAUUCCUAGUGAAUUGGGAAACAUGAGUGCACUCCGUGAUCUUAGAUUAUAUGAAAACUUUUUGACAGGAGAAAUCCCAAUUGGGGUAUGGAAAAUUCAAAUCCUUGAGCAUGUCCUUGUGUACAAUAAUAGCCUUUCAGGUGAGCUACCUUUUGAGAUGACAGAGCUAAAACAUCUUAAGAAUAUCAGCUUGUUUAACAACAGGUUCUCUGGUGUCAUACCUCAAAGCUUAGGAAUCAAUAGCAGUUUGGUGCUGCUAGACUUCAUGUAUAAUAAUUUCACUGGUACCCUCCCACCAAAUCUUUGUCAUGGAAAGCAACUUGUGAGGCUGAAUAUGGGUAGCAAUCAAUUUUAUGGCAACAUACCUCCUGAUGUAGGAAGGUGUACAACUCUUACAAGGGUGAGACUCGAAGGAAACAAUUUCACCGGGCCUCUUCCUGAUUUUGAAACUAAUCCAAAUCUCUCUUACAUGAGCAUCAACAACAACAAUAUAAGUGGAGCAAUUCCAUCAAGUUUGGGAAACUGCACAAAUCUCUCUCGUUUAUAUUUAUCCAUGAAUAGCUUAUCUGGUCUUGUACCCUCGGAGCUAGGAAACCUUGUGAAUCUUCGGACUUUAGAUCUUUCUCACAAUCAUUUGGAAGGUCCUUUGCCACAACAGUUGUCAAACGCUGCCCAAAUGACCGAGUUUGAUGUCGGAUUCAAUUCCUUGAAUGGUUUGUUUCCAUCAAGUUUUCGGAGCUGGACAACACUAACUACUUUAGUUCUCUCAGAGAAUCAUUUUAGUGGUGGUAUCCCAGCUUUCUUGUCAGAAUUUAAAAGGCUUAAUGAGUUACGGCUUGGUGGAAAUAUGUUUGGAGGAAAUAUUCCUAAAUCAAUUGGAGAACUGGUGAAUUUGAUGUAUGAGCUAAAUCUAAGUGCUAAUGGAUUGACAGGUGAGCUUCCUAGGGAGAUUGGAAACCUGAAGAGUCUGCUAAAACUGGAUCUAUCUUGGAACAAUUUAACUGGAAGUAUACAAGUUCUUAAUGAGCUCACUUCAUUAUCUGAAUUCAACAUCUCAUUUAAUUCUUUUGAAGGUACUGUGCCACAACAGCUAAUAAUGAUACCAAAUUCUUAUUCAUCAUUUUUGGGCAAUCCUGGCCUAUGUGCCAGUUUUUCAUCAGAUGGCUCAAAUUUCACUGAGAGGAGCUAUUUAAGGCCAUGUGACACAAAUUCGAAAAAUCUCGGUAAAGUUGCAACUGUGAUGAUAGCACUUGGAUCCUCAAUAUUUUUUGUUCUGCUGCUGGGGUUAAUCUAUAUAUUCUUUAUCAGAAAAAUUAAGCAGGAAGCCAUAAUCACUGAGAAAGAUGAUUCUCCAUCCCUUCUCAGUAAAGUGAUGGAAGCUACGGAAAAUCUAAAUGAUCAAUAUAUUAUUGGCAAAGGUGCUCAAGGUGUUGUUUACAAAGCAGCACUAGGUCCAGACAAUAUUUUGGCAAUCAAGAAGUUUGUAUUUGCUGACGAUGAAGGGAAAAGCUCAAGCAUGACCAGGGAAAUUCUAACCCUUGGAAAGAUAAGGCAUCGAAAUUUGGUUAAAUUGGAAGGGUGCUGGUUGAGAGAAAACUAUGGUCUAAUUUCAUACAGAUACAUGCCAAAUGGAAGUCUUCAUGAUGCUUUGCAUGGCAGGAAUCCACCACAUUCCUUAGAAUGGAAUGUCAGGCAUAAGAUAGCUGUUGGAGUUGCUCAUGGGUUGGCUUAUCUCCAUUAUGACUGUGAUCCUGUCAUAGUGCACAGAGACAUCAAAACAAGCAAUGUACUUCUAGAUUCUGAAAUGGAGCCUCAUAUUACCGAUUUUGGUAUUGCCAAGCUCUUAGAUCAGCCUUCUACCUCAACACAGUCAGCAUCUGUUACUGGCACACCUGGUUAUAUAGCACCAGAGAAUGCUUAUACGACAACUAUGGGUAAGGAAUCUGAUGUAUACAGUUAUGGGGUAGUUUUGCUGGAGCUGAUAUCCAGAAAGAAAGCAUUGGAUCCAUCAUUUAUGGAAGGAACGGAUGUAGUCAAUUGGGCUAGAUCUUUGUGGGAGGAAAUGGGAGUUGUUGAUGAAAUUGUUGAUUCAGGGCUUGCUGGUGAAAUUUCAAAUUAUGAUGUGAUGAAACAAGUUACUAAGGUGCUUUUGAUGGCUUUGAGAUGCACUGAAAAGGAUCCACGUAGGAGACCUACUAUGAGGGAUGUUAUCAAGCAUUUGUAGAAGCUAAAUACCCCACACAACAAAGAUAUUGUAUAAUCAUGACAAAGUUUUAUGUUUUGCCACUUCUGGUUUUGGUUAUAGUGUACAAAGUAUAUGUUCUAUUCAAUCAUGCAAUUUCGCUGAUA